GCCGAGUCCCGCCCGCUCUACCUCCUCCUGGAUGACAACUUCUAUUACCAGAGCAUGCGGUACGAGGUGUACCAGCUGGCCCGAAAAUAUUCCUUGGGCUUUUGCCAGUUGUUUCUGGAGUGUCCAGUGGAAUGCUGCCUGCAGAGGAAUCGCAUGAGGAGUGAUCCGUUGCCUGAUCAGACAAUUCACUUGAUGGCAAAGAAAAUAGAAAUGCCAGAUCCAAAGAAAAAUGCUUGGGAGCAGCACAGCCUCAUCCUGAGCAGUUCUGAUUGCAUUUCAGAGGACAAUGAGCAGAUCAUUAACUUGAUGGCCACUGCCUUGGAAAACCCAGUGAGGCCAAAUGAGGAGGACACAGAGCAAAAGGCUGCAGAUCGAGCAGUGUGUGCAGCCAGUGCUGUCCAUCAGGCUGACCAGAUGUGCAGGAGAGUCAUCUCUCAGGCCAUGAAGGAUGCCAAAGACAAAAACAUUCACCCAAGGGAGAUGAAGAGUUUGGCAGAGGAACUCAACAAACUGAAAGCAGAAUUCUUGGAAGAUGUGCGGCAAGGAAAGACUUUGGAAACCCAAAAUCCUGACCCUGCUACAAGUGCAAUUUCCUCAUUCCAACAAGGGGCAACCAAUGUAGUCAAUAAAUAUAUUUUAAAAUAA